CUCUCUCUCUCUCUCUCUUGCCAGGAUAAGGUCUGAGGAAUAUCAGAUUUCCAGCGGCCCUACUACUUUCCACUACACUACCUAAAUCUAUAUUUUAUUUGCACUUGUACAUUACGUAUAUCAAUAAAAUUAAUAACUAUACAUUGAACCAGAUAUAAAGGCCGGCGGCACGGCAAGAAACUUCUCAGAUUUUUAAUCGAGAACAGAAGGAACCCGUUUCUGCUCGUGGGAUUUGAGGAUUUGGGUUCGUUUUGCUAUUUUCUGGUAAACCCAAUUCGUUCAGAGGCGGACAAUCGGUUUGGAAGAAACUUAUCAAUGUGAGUGUCUGUGUAGUAAUCAGUACUAAACAAUUUGGAUCUGUUUUUUUGUGUUCCUGAUUUACAAAAUUCAUUUCUAUACAUUAUUUUUUGGAACUACCAUUCAGUGAUGAUCGAUGAAGUGUAAUUGAAUGUGCGGAUUACAAAAAGAAAAAAAGAAAAAAGGGAGGAGUUUUGUUAUUUUGGUUUGAUUUCUACGUUGGUGAGUACAGUGAAAACUGGCUGUUUUUUUGUUUGUUUUCUAUGACGUGCGUAAUUUGUCGGGUAUUGCCCGCAAUUUAAUUGCAUUCUGUGAGUGUUUAGUUUAGUUUUCUUGUUCCUUGUAAUCACUUAUCACUCUUCGAAUGGAAUCCAAAAAAUAUACUCCUAUAUGUUGGGUUUUCGGAGCACCUCAGGUCACCUGUACCGAAAUGCAUGUAACUCUCUUCUCGUGAAGAGACCAUUGUGCAAUCUUGCCGUUGAAAUCGCACAGGAAUAGAGGUUCCCUAUGCUCAUAUGAGUCCUACUUGUUUUGGGUUUUCCCAAUUCAUCGUCUCAAUUAGUUCUCAUAGGUUUCGGUGACGUAAGCAGUUAGCUUCUUGAUCGCCAUGGAUAAUUCUCUCGAAUCGGAAAAUGGAAAUGGAGGCCACAACAAGAUGAGGCACUCUAAGGCAUCCUUAUCUUGGCUUGAUUUGAAAGUCUUUUACGUGAGAAUUACCAAAUGUGAGAUAGAUGCUUCAACUCCUGAGUACCUUACACUAAACCAUAUUCCACUAGAUCGGGACACCCUUCUAGAAGUAAACGGUGCAAGAACUAGCAUGUAUUCUGAUGGUGUUUCUUCCCUUCUGAGAAGGGAUCGGCUGGACAAGAAAUUCGAAGAGGUAACAUUUGUGUCCACUGAGAGUAUAAGAGUGAGUGGGAGCGUAAAAUUUGAGGUUUUUGAUAAAGAUGUUCUAUUGCUUUCUGGGGUACUAGAGUUGUGUACCAGUAAUGGUUGUGUUGGGGAAGUAGAGACCUAUGGCCAGAAAUGGAGGGUGAAUUGUGAAUCGGAUAUGGUUCCGGGCAUGGGGUUUUUGAAGGGAAAACCAAGAAUUGAAGUUUUUGUUGCUGGUUGCUUCGCUGGUGGUAGUCCUAUUAUCUUAACGAAAACUGUGCAGCUUAGUCUCCGAAAGAAGCAAAUGAGGAAUGGCUUGGAUUCAAUACCAGAAUAUGAGGCAGCUGAGAGCCAAAAAGAUGUGCCAGCCGAGUUUCUUAAUCUUCAGCCAUCAGAUUGCCCAAAUUAUAAACCAGAGAAUGCAGACUACAAAUACCUUUAUACAGGGGCUGAAUACUUAGAAGGUGAAGAUGGAGAGCUCUCAUGGUUCAAUGCUGGAGUUAGGGUUGGUGUUGGAAUUGGCCUUGGUGUUUGUGUCGGAAUUGGAAUAGGAGUGGGAUUGCUGGUUCGAACCUACCAGGGAACCACCAGAAACUUCAGAAGACGACUACUAUAAUAACCUCUUCCAUCCGUACUUCUCUUCUAACCUGAGAUCAUCUUUGCUAAUCUAACGUCUUUCCAGGGACCAAAAAAAAAAAAAAGGAAUACUGCCGAAGGAUUCAUUUUCCUUGACCAAGUGCAGGCUAUUUUCAUGAAUUUCGGCUUUCCGAGUUUUUUAGCUUGCAAUGGUUGAGGCUUUGAUCCUAAAUAAAAGUGGCAUUUUUGUUCCUAAAUAAGUUCCAUUAACAGGAAUUUUCCUGGCCUGUUCUUCACCUGGUGUUGUAGGAAAUAGCAUGUAACCGUGACAAGACCCUCUUCGUGCAGCUUUGAAGUGUUAUGUAUGUAGCAGACUGAGGUCUAAUCCCUGAGUUCUGUUUUUCUUUUGGGUUUUUGUUUCAUGAAGUUGUCAAUAGCAACAAGUUCUGGUAAUGGAAACAGAUUUAGAGCCUCUCUUGAA